CCCUCAAACCGCAUGCGGCAGUUUCCCGUGUUUGAUAUUACCCUAUAGCAUGCCCAAUCCCAUGAAUCCUCUCAAACGUGUUACAGGAUCGAUUCUGAUGUAUCACUUAUAAUUGGUACCUAACUUAUAGACCAAUUUCAACUAUUUGAUCAUUAUAUUACGCAUCGAUCACGCACACACCCUCGUGCGGCGUGGAGGAAAAUAUUGCAUUAAUCAAACCCAUCCUACUCCAAGAAUAUCUACUCAUAUAUGAUCAUGCCGGCCAGGACGAGCCAUACCCCAACUAUUUAUUAUGAUAUCCCCGUCGCCAUCAUACCUCUUGUCAGUUCGAUACUGUUACUUAUAAGACUUUACCGUUGGCAACAAUCUCAAUACUACCAAUUCCUUAACCUCAUCGACAGCACAAUGGAGGGGACCUUAACACGGUUCUCAAACAAGCUGCAAAGCCCUGCCACAUUUAACAAGUUCAACGAACUCCCCCCUGAGCUAAGGAUCAGGAUAUGGCAAUAUGCCAUACCUGAUCCUAGGACAGUUGUCGUGAAGUCGCCGUACUCGGGGCAAAAACAGACUCCCAGAUCGCUAGAAGAGGCAAUAUCAGAUUCCCAUAGCCAAGGGGAAACAUGGUAUUCAAACACACAGAUCCCCGCUCUCUUACAUGUCAACGCCGAGGCCAGAUAUGAAGCACUUAAGCACUAUAAGCUGUCACUAGGCGUGGGAGGCUUACAAGCGAGGAUCUACGUGGAUUUCAGUCGGGAUACGUUGUUCUUUGGCAACUCGGAACUGAAAGCAGAAUGCUCAUCAUUGUGGGCUUCUACGCGGGGAUUAGAAGAGGUACAGCGUCUUGCAGUUGUUCCCGAGGGCGCAUGGAGAGUAUUACGAUGGAAGAAAGUUGAUUUGAACUCGCUGCAACGAAUAAUAUUCGUACACGACACGGAGAAGCUCGAGCUAGGCCCUCUCCCCCAGCUAGUAGAAGACGAACCGCAAGAUAUCGAAGCGGAGUUGCUCGAGGGACAGGUGCAACGUUUAGAAGAGUUAGAGUCACAGCAGGAGUGGCAGGAGGACGGCAGCACAUUGGAUCCCAUGAAGAAGCGGAUGCAGGCAGCUCGUGAGGAGAUCGACACGCUAAUGAUGGUACUACCGACGCAAUGGGAGAAGGAGCCAGGACUGUCGACAGCAGUAUUUAGGAAAAGCCGCGGGGAUAGAUGGGCAUGUUGAUUCGCUCUUUUAUUUUAGUGUAGACAAUUCGUCAAAUGCGACAUGUCUUGUCUUUUCUUAUUUUGCGCCGUGCAUCAUCACAUCAUGCAGUGCAUCCACGAAUAAAUGAACCAAUUACACGAAAGGAUUUACUUGGUUCCCUAGCUUUAGUAGGGACCAACUUUCGAAUGUGCUCAAAAUGGAAGGAGGUCAAUUGCUUCAUCAUGAUAGCAGGAUUUGACGAAUUUGGGGGACUGAGAUAUAGGGGGCUCAGCUACAUUCCUACCCUAGGUACCAAGGGUAUAGGCAUUAUUAUUAUGAAAACCCCUUGUGUAAGAGACCCUAUGUCUUAAAAAAG